AUUCCUUUAAAUCUAUAAAGUUUAUUAAUAUAUAUAAAUAGUUUAUUGUAAUUAAGAUAUACAAACAACAUUAUAUAUAAAUUGUAAUAUAUUCUUUUUUUUAUUUAUUUAUAUAUAUAUAUAUAUAAUAUUAUUUUAAAAACCAAAUCUAAAAUAUUUAAAAGAUUUUAUUUAUUUUCUUUUUUCUAUUUUAUUUCAUUUUUAUUUUAUUUUUGGAUUUAUAAAAAAUAUUUAUACUAUCAGAAAUAAUUUUCAUCUUUAAUAAAUAAAAUAGUCAAUUUAUAUACAUGCACUUUUUAUAAAAUACAAUAUAUUAAUUAAAGUUUUUUUUUUUAUUUUUUAUUUAUUUAAAUAAUAAUAAACAAUAAUAAUAGAUAUAAAUAAACCAUAAAAUAAUUUUAUAUUUUUUUUCAAAACUUUUUUUUUUAUCGUUUUUUUAUAAUAAUCUUAUUUAAUAUCACAAUAAUUUUAUAAAAAUAAAAAAUAACUUUUAAAAAAAACUUAAAAAAAUUAGGAAAAUAGAAAAUAUCAAGUAAAAAUUUUUAUCAAAGAAUUUUUCUCGCAUAAAAAAAAAAAAUUAACAUCAAAUAUAUAAUCUUAAAUAAAAGUACAAUAAAUAAUAAAUAAUAUAAUGACAAAUUUUUCGAAAUCAAUUUUAGAUAAUGAAAUUGAUAAUGAAAAUUUAAUCAAUGAUAAUCAUUUAUCAAACCCAAUUGAUAUAACCACCAAUAAUAAAGAAAAACCCAAUGUAGAUAAUAUAAAUAAUAAUAAUAAUAAUGAUUUUAAACUUUAUAGCACAAGCAACAAUAACUUAUCACCACCAACAAUAACACCAUUUAACAGUAAAUUUUUUAAAGAUAUUGAUCAAACAAGUAAAGAUAAUGAAAGUAACAGUAUAAUAGAUAAUAUAAAAAAAUCUUUCACACGUUUACAUGAUAACAACACCGAUAAUAAUAUAAAUAUAAAUGAAGAAGACGAAUUUGGAAACUUUAAUGGUGCAAACGGAAGUAAUCAUCAAAGCAAUAUUAAACUACAAGAAAUUAGAUCCAGCUCACCAACUAAAAUAAAUAUAAAUAAUAAAUCAGUCGAACCACACGAUGCAUUCUUUUCAGAGAUAAAUGAUCACCACUAUAACGAUAAGGGCUCAUUAUUGGCAAACUCAUCAUCCUCAUUUGUUGAAAAGGUCACCUUAAAAGAAAGAAUACGAUACUUUUUUAUUUUUUUAAUUCACAACAUUAAAACCAGUACCCCAUUAACUUGGUUAAAACUAUUUUUCGUAGCUUGUAUUAUAACUGGUGUAUUUUUAGCAAUUUUCAAAUUUAAAGUUCAAAAUCAUCUCGACGUUUUACAAAAAUUUGUUCAGAAAUUUGGUGUACCUUUGGGUGGUUUAGUUUAUGUUGGUGCCUUUAUGUUAUUAAUUGUAUUUUUAGUACCAGUAACAAUUCCAACAAUCGUUGGUGGUAUGAUUUUUAAAUUAUGGUUUGGUAUUUUAUUUGUCUGGGUAGCAUCUAUGCUUGGUGGUAUUUUAGCAUUUUCCUUGGUAGAUAU